AUGAAAACCUAUAUUCGUCUCCAGGUAGAGAAGCAAAUAUUGGAGAAGAGGUUGAACCACCCUUACCUGGUUUGCCUGCAUUCCUGCAUUGAGACACCAACCAGAUUUUUCUUUAUCCUGGAUUACAUCAGUGGAGGAGACCUAACAUACCAUCUGCAACAGUUUGGAAUCUUUCCCGGAGCACAUGUGAGAUUCUACUCCGGGGAGAUCUCCUUAGCUAUCCAGUUUCUUCAUGAACAUGAGAUAUUACACAGGGAUCUGAAGUUGGAGAACUUGUUACUAGAUGCGGACGGACACAUUAAAAUUACCGAUUACGACCUAUGUAAGGCAGGACUGAAGGCAGGCGAGAAGACCAACACUUUCUGUGGCACACUCAGUUAUCUGGCUCCAGAAAUCAUCAGAGGCGAAAGCUAUGGUUUCAGUGUGGACUGGUGGAAUCUUGGAACAGUCAUGUUCGAAAUGAUGGUGGGAGAGCCUCCGUAUCCUUUUGCAGACAGUCCCAAGAACUCUGAUCUAAACACAUACAAGGUCUUGCAAUCUAUGUUAGAAAGAGAAGUCCACAUUCCACAUCACCUGUCUGUCGAAGCCAGAAGCAUCCUCAAGGGUCUUCUGAAGAAGGAGCCAGAGGUAAGAUUGGGCUGUCACCCUCAGAGAGGAUUCAUCGAUAUUAAAGAGCAUCCAUUCUUUAACAAUCUGGACUGGAGCAUGAUGGAAAAAAAGCAAGUGCCUCCUCCCUUUAAGCCAAGUAUUGGUACAGAAUUCGGGAUAGAAAUCUUUGACCCUGAAUUUACCAACGAACCUGUCCAGCUCACACCUGAUGACAGUUACUUUGUGAACAGCAUAGAUGAAUUGGGCUUUGAGUACAUCAAUCCCCUUUUCACAUAA